UCCAAGCUUGUCAUCUACUCAGCAACCUACAACAUGAAGUGCAUCGCAGCUGUCGUUUUGUUCGCUCUGGUCGGCGUAGCUCUAGCUAAACCCCUGGAAACCGAGUCGUUGGAACCGGGAAAGCCCGAGUCGGUGGCGGUGGAAGGUGAAAAUGCAGCGGCAAGGGACAAGCGAGGGCUCCUGGUGGGUGCGGCUUACACUGCGCCCCUCGCUUACAGCGCGUACACCGCUCCAGUCGCGUACACCGCUGCUGCCUACAGUUACCCUUACGCGGCAUACUCCGGCUACCCUUACUACGCCGCGGCCUACUCCUCGCCCUACUACGUCGUCUAAAAUCUAACCGACCACGCACCAGACUGCCCGCCUAAUUUCGACCACUGCACCGAUCUCGACAGCUCCGCCGAGAGCUCUCCAGAUUUCAUCGAGAUGCACGAACAAUCACGCCCAAGGAUGCUUUCUCACACGGACUCGCCAAUUACUCUCCGUCGAUACGCAACCACCUGAUGCCACCAUUCUUCCGCGCUUUACUAACAAUUCAAACAUGCACAAGUA